CUUUCUCACCAACCCCAAAACAGCAACUACUCCCUGCUUUCGUUUCUUCUUAUUAAACCAAACUCCCUUCUCCUCUUCCGUCCCCAAGGGUUCCUUUUUUUUUCCAUCCUCACAAACUUCCCACAUUAUAACGUAUCAUUCAAAGAGCCAUGCUGUAGCUUUCUCUCCAUUUUUAAUGUCCAUAAAUCCAUCUCUCUGAUACUACUGCUCUCUUCUCUUUAUUUUUCUCUAUCUUCUCUCUCAUGGAGGCUAAUUCUCUGCUACAUUCUUCCUCACCAAGCUCUGCUCUUUUCUUGAGCUUUCAAUCAAAUUUGAUCAAUUUUGGGAGAACCCAGUUGAGAUUUAAGCCUGGAAUCCUGAAACAGAGCAUUAAAUGGGACAGUGAUUGGAUAAGCAGAGGAGUGUUUUUGAAGGAAGAGAGGCGGAGAGGAGGGUGCGUUGUGAAGUGUACGGCAGAAAGUGUAGAGAGAGGAAUGUUGAUGGGAGGGAGAGAGGGUGAAGUUAGUAUCGUAUCGGAGAGAUACAAGGUGGUGGCUUUAACGGCGUGCGUUAUGUGCCUUUGUAAUGCUGAUCGCGUUGUCAUGUCUGUUGCUGUUGUUCCCCUUGCUGCCAAAUACGGUUGGUCCAGUUCCUUUCUGGGCAUCGUCCAGUCAUCGUUUCUAUGGGGAUACAUAUUCUCAUCAGUAAUAGGUGGAGCCUUGGUGGACAAGUAUGGAGGAAAAAGAGUGUUGGCAUGGGGCGUGGGGCUGUGGUCUUUGGCCACUCUUCUCACUCCAUGGGCUGCUAAUCACUCCACCGCCAGCCUCUUGGCCGUUCGUGCCUUCUUUGGACUUGCUGAGGGUGUAGCUUUGCCUUCCAUGAGCACCCUCUUAUCAAGGUGGUUUCCAAGCCAUGAACGAGCAAGUGCUGUUGGAAUUUCUAUGGCUGGAUUUCAUCUUGGAAAUGUUAUAGGCUUGCUUUUAACUCCAGUUAUGUUAUCAACUAUUGGAAUUUCUGGUCCUUUUAUUCUAUUCUCUUCCCUUGGUCUCCUAUGGUUAACAACAUGGGCAAGUGGAGUUACCAGUGAUCCACGAAAUAGCCCUUUUAUCAGUAAAUCAGAGUUGCGAUUAAUUGAAGCUGGUAAAACUGAUUCUUCAACAAACAAAGGCAAGCUUCCACCACUACGCCUCCUAUUCUCGAAACUACCAACAUGGGCAAUUAUUUUUGCUAAUGUAACUAACAAUUGGGGUUACUUUGUUCUUCUCUCAUGGAUGCCUGUCUAUUUCAAGACAGUAUUUAAUGUGAACUUGAAGCAAGCAGCUUGGUUUAGUGCUGUUCCAUGGGCAACAAUGGCAAUUUCUGGUUACAUUGCAGGAGCAGCAUCAGAUUCCUUAAUCAAGGCAGGCUAUUCUCUCACAUUAGUCCGAAAGAUCAUGCAGUCUAUUGGUUUCAUUGGACCUGGGGUGUCUUUGCUCUGCUUAAAUUUUGCCAAGACACCAGCGACUGCUGCUAUGUUCAUCACAGCAGCUCUGAGUUUGAGUUCUUUCAGCCAAGCUGGCUUUCUUCUUAAUAUGCAAGAUAUAGCUCCUCAGUAUGCAGGAUUCCUCCAUGGUAUUGCAAAUUCAGCUGGAACAUUCGCAGCAAUACUGAGUACAAUUGGAACAGGUUAUUUUGUUCAAUGGCUGGGGUCUUUUCAGGCAUUCCUGACUGUGACAGCAGGGCUCUAUUUUGUUACAACCAUCUUUUGGAAUGUGUUUGCGACAGGCGAGCGAGUUUUCUAGAGUAAUAAUUAUAUUCUCUUAUAUUUAAUCAUGAAGAGCUCUUAGAAACAGGAUGAACAUAAGUUUGAUUAAAAAUUUUGAGCCCAAUAGGCAUUGAAAGUAUAUAGAGUAGAGAAAGUGCCGAUGUCUAAUUCAUUCUUUGUUUUUACUCCUGCCAAAAGGAGUAUCAUAUCAAGUGCAAUAUAUGCCUUCUUUUAA